GAGUUUAAUCAGUAAUCGACAAUGUGGCGAGCAGUAACAAAUAUCGUGAUAUUGGGGCUUUGCCUCACCUCGUUAGCUUCGGCUGCGAACUCCUGGUACAAGAAUAGUUUGAUCUAUCAGAUCUAUCCUAGAAGCUUUAAAGAUAGCAAUGGCGACGGUAUUGGUGAUUUGAAUGGUAUUACCAGCAAAUUGGAGCAUAUCGCGGAGAUUGGCGCGGAUGCUCUUUGGUUAUCGCCGAUUUAUACCAGCCCUCAAGCUGAUUUCGGUUACGAUAUUGCCAAUUUCACAGACGUCAAUCCAGAAUACGGUACUCUGGAUGACUUUGACAAACUUGUGGCAAAAGCAAAGUCACUCGGUCUUAAGGUAAUUCUUGAUUACGUGCCAAAUCACAGCUCACACGAGCACGAGUGGUUUAAGAAGAGCGUACAAAAAAUCAAGCCUUACGAUGACUAUUAUAUUUGGCGGAAUGCAACAUACGUUAAUGGUACGAGGCAACCACCCAACAAUUGGCUCUCCGUUUUUGGAGGUUCAGCAUGGGAAUGGAAUGACCAACGUGAACAAUAUUACUUCCAUCAAUUCGUUGCUGGUCAGCCAGAUUUGAACUACCGUAACAAGGAUUUGGAUCAAGAGAUGAAGGAUGUUUACUCUUUCUGGAUGGACCGUGGAGUCGAGGGAUUCCGUAUCGAUGCGAUUAACCAUAUGUUCGAGGAUCCGAGAUUCCUGGAUGAACCAUCAGCUAAUCGUCCUGACUUGCCGCCAGAUGACUACGAUACUCUCGAUCAUAUCUACACCAAAAAUCUUAACGAGACCUAUGACGUACUUGCAAGCUGGAGAAAGUUACUCGAUCAACACUCUAAUAAAACCAAAGGCGAUUAUAAGAUGUUCCUUACCGAAGCUUACACAGACUUUGAUCUUACAGUGAGAUACUACAAAUCUGGUUCUACUGUACCAUUCAACUUUAUGUUCUUAGGAGAUCUUAAUAAUGCAUCUUCAGCCCCUGAUUUCAAGCGUUUUAUCGAUCGUUGGAUGAAUAAUAUUCCUUCAAAAGACUACGUUGCCAACUGGGUGGUCGGCAAUCAUGACAACCACCGAGCUGCUAGUAGAUUCGGAAAGGAACGAGCCGAUGAGUUGAAUAUCCUGUCCAUAAUUCUACCUGGUGUAUCUGUCGUUUAUAACGGCGACGAAAUUGGUAUGCUGGAUAGAGAUUUCACUUAUGAAGAAACAGUCGAUCCAGCUGGUUGUCAAGCAGGUCCAGAUAGAUACUAUCUUAAAUCGAGAGAUCCAGAAAGGACACCGUUCCAAUGGGACAACAGUACGAGUGCUGGUUUCUCUACGAGUAACAAAACAUGGUUACCGGUUCAUAGCAACUACAAGACCUUGAACUUGGCAGUACAAAAAAGUAGUCUUAGAUCCCAUUAUAAGGUAUUCAAGGCUUUGGCUGCUUUGAAGAAAAAGCCUAUUAUCGCGCAUGGAUCCCUCGAAGUUAUCCUUGUUACCGAGAAAGUUUUGGGCAUUGUACGCAGACUUCCAGGAUCAACGGUAGUCGUAUUAGUUAAUUUCUCAAAGUCUGCUGUUCAGGUCGAUGCCAGAACAUGGUUGAACGUACCCGAACAACUGGUUGUUUAUACUGCCAGUGUUGGAUCUAACAUCAAUAGUGGUACCAGAAUCAAAACAUCUUCUUAUGUUUUACCUGGAACUGCUUCCGUUGUUCUCGUAUCUCCAAAUUUAUUGUAAUAUUAGUUAAAGAAAAUUUAAAUGUGAGAAGUAAUUUUAUCGAUUGUUAAACAAGAAUAAAAAGUAUUGAAUUAUCUAAUAUUACUUUUUAAUUUCAUUGUAUUGAUGAAUCUUUCUCAUUUGUUUUAAUUUAUAAAUAAAUAAAUACAAUAAUCUACGGUUUACAUAA